GCACCUUGCCUGGAAUGUGGGGCAACCUCGGCCCAGAUACAGGUGAUGCGUAAUGAGACGAUCCAAUGCUACUUCGUACGCCAUCUUUAUGAUAUCGAACCACUGUCGAAAUUGGCCGUGUCUUGUCAGCAUUCAUAAAACUUCUCCAUGCAAACACGUUGCAGUGUAUCUGCUGAGUCUCAAGACUAGCUAGAAAGCUCGGAGAGUAUUAACAGGCUUCGUAUUUGCAAAGCGCCUCACCGCUUGUACCAAAAUGCCGGCAGCGGAGCCUUCGACCAAGGCGUUGCAGCCUGUCAUCAUCGUGGGCGCCGGACUUGCCGGGCUCGUCGCCGCCUUUGAACUCACGCAGCGAAACGUGCCCGUGGUGCUUGUCGACCAGGAAGGCGAGCAAAACCUGGGCGGGCAGGCGUUUUGGUCGCUCGGCGGCAUCUUCUGCGUCAAUUCCUCGGAGCAGCGCCGCAUGGGGAUAAAGGAUAGCCGCGAAUUGGCUAUGAGAGACUGGUUUGGCUCCGCCCGCUUCGACCGGGAGGAAGAGGACCAUUGGCCCCGGAAAUGGGCAGACGCUUUCGUGAACUUCGCCGCUGACGAGAUGGAGACCUACGUCAAGGCCCGCGGCAUUGGAUUUGUCAUAAACGUUGGCUGGGCGGAGCGCGGGGACGGUCGUGCGGAUGGCCAUGGCAACUCUGUGCCUCGAUUCCACAUUACCUGGGGGGCUGGGCCGGAAGUUGUGCGCGUGUUCGCCGAGCCCGUGUGCGAGGCGGCGAAGAAAGGGCUAGUGGAAUUCAGGUUUAGGCACAUGGUGGACGAAAUACUCGUCGACGAAAACGGCAGAGCUACUGGGGUACGUGGACGAGUGCUUGAGCAAGAUCCCGUAGAGAGGGGUGUCAAGUCAUCGCGAAAGGUCAUUGAUGAGUUCGAAUUACACGGGCCCGCCGUCGUAAUAUCAAGUGGCGGCAUAGGUGGAAACGUCGAGGCCGUCAAGAAGGCUUGGCCGGUAGAUCGCCUGGGUCCUAAGGUGCCCGAGAACUUCGUGAUUGGCGUGCCUGCUCAUGUUGAUGGCCGCAUGAUAGAUAUUGCCGAGUCAGCCGGCGCACAUAUCGUCAACAGAGACCGAAUGUGGCAUUAUACAGAGGGACUGCAGAACUGGAAUCCAAUCUGGCCCGGUCACGGUAUCCGCGUCCUACCAGCGCCAUCCUCCCUCUGGCUAGACGCAACAGGGAAAAGACUACCUCCAUACCUUUACCCAGGAUGUGACACGCUCGCCACGCUCAAGUACAUCUGCAGUACAGGCUACGACUACACAUGGUUCAUCCUCACCCGUUCCAUAAUCGCGCGGGAGUUUGCGCUCUCCGGAUCUGAGCAGAACCCAGACCUUACCAAUAAGAGCUUCUGGCAGCUCCUCAUGAGCCGCGUCUUCAGCUCCAAUGGAACAGUUCCCGUGCAGAACUUCGUGAAGCACGGCAAGGACUUCGUCACGCGCGAUAGUCUCCCCGAGCUCGUCGAAGCCAUGAACGAGCUGGCAAAGUCCGUUGGUGGGCCCGAGCUCGACUACGAGAGUGUACGCGAGACUGUCGAGAUGCGCGACGGCCAGGUCGAGAACAACUACUGCAAGGAUGCUCAGAUCAUGCUCAUUCGCAACGGACGGAAUUACUGGCCUGAUAGCCGUAGUCGCAUUGCCCCUCUCCAUCGUCUUCUUGACAAGAAGUACGGGCCCCUUAUUGCCGUCCGCAUGAACCUGCUCACAAGGAAGACGCUGGGUGGCCUGGAGACAAACCUGCAGAGUAACGUGAUGAAAGCUGAUGGCACAACAUUUGAUGGGUUGUACGCCGCUGGGGAGGCUGCUGGAUUCGGCGGUGGCGGCGUGCAUGGUUACAAUUCCUUGGAAGGAACUUUCCUCGGUGGCUGUAUCUUCUCCGGGCGUGUCGCGGGACGAGCCAUUGCCGACGAGCUUUUGGGGCCGUGAUUGUUUGUCGAUCAGCGGUGAACCGGUACACAUGUGUCUAUUUUUUCUUGUGCAGGAAUCGGUGCCCAGACGAGGGAGCCAAAACCUCAAAACCCCCGCGCUACGUUGAAGACCUUUGACAAACUGCUAUACAUUGCAGCUAACACUUCAUUAUACCCCCUUUCCUAACCCAAUUUGUAUCCACUGGGUGUAUCGCAUUAGCAAUAUGAUGCUAAAAUGAAUGAUCACGGCUAAAUAAUAAUCGUUAGUAGUAAUUAUGUUA